AAAAGAAAGUAAAGCAAAAUAUAUAAAGAAUUUUUGUUCGUGUAUUUGUUUUCAUGGAGAAAAGUUUCUUCAGUAGAUAAAAUUUAAGUUAUACAAAAGAUAUGUAAUUUCGUGGGAGUUUAAGAAGUGCUUAAUUUCUAUGUACCAAUCUUAACGACUUCUAUAUACCAAUAUUGAUAUAGGUUUUGUGCUUCACUUUUAUUAUAUACACAUAUCAACAUUUAUAUGACAUAGGGUUAUAAAAGGCUAUAAUAUUUGAUUUAAAAGAUAUAAGCUGUCCUUUAUGAUGGCAGCAGUUGACAAUGACAGCGACAAUGAUGUGGUUACAGACUUCCUAAAUUCCAAUACCACAUCUAAUACUGAUCUCAUAAACUCUGUAACUGAACUGAAUUUACAAAACCACUUGCAAAAUACAAAGACACUAAAUGUAUCUAAUCAACAGCGUCCAUAUUCUGAGAGUCAAAAUUACUGCAUUCCAAUUAUAAACACUCCACCAGUUUUAGCCGCAAAUAAUUCUUGUAAUAAUAACAUGAUUCCAACAAUAAAUGUAACGCCACACAGUCCAGCGUCAAUAACAAAAUAUAAUAAUAUUUUCGAGGAUACCCUCACACAACUACAAAGUAUAAGAGAGACUGUGGUACAAAUGAAAAAUUGCAGUGCACACAUGCAUAAUGGUUUUACUAGUUUCUGGCCACUUCAUGCGGCUAUUCUAAGCGCAUCUUUGCCUGAUCUAAAUUCAGCAAAUAGUAACGCUAAUGUAACACAUGGUGUUGGACAUUAUGUUAGAUGGAUGCCGCAACAACAGCAAUAUGUUCCUAUGAAUGAACGCCGUAGAUCUUGGACAACCAUUGAUGAUCUUAAUAUUACAAACAAAAGCAUCAGUUUAUCUAGCUUGGAGAGCGAAGAACCUGAGACAAUAUGUGCAACAGAUCAGCGUCGGCGUUCUGCUAGAAACAGUACCGGAGGCAUAUCAACACACUCCCUUAACGAGGCGGAGUUGGCUCGCGAUUUUCAGCGAAUCGCGGCAAAGCGUAAUCUAGUAACAGAAGUUCGUAUUCCAUUACAAAAGAGCAUAUCUACUUCAUCAAUAGUUGCGAAAGAAGAAAUAAAAUCUCGUCAUCUGUAUGACAGCGAGGACGAAAACCAAAGCCUUUUGAGGGCCCAUGUGAAAACUGAGGCUUACGAUAAUGUGGAGAAACGUCGAAAGCGCGGUUCACUAUUCUUUCGAAAAAAAAAGGAUAAAAAUAAGAUGAAGUCUGGCGGUCAAACUGGAAUAUGUGAUGCAUGUGGUAUAAAUAUACCAUCAUUAAAUAUUAAGGAACAUCAAGUAGAAUGCAAAGGAAAAAAAUCUGGUUUUAGUAGUGGUCAAAAAUUGUUACUGGUGAGUGUAAAGAAAGGAGCAGAUAAAACAGAAAUUGGUCAAGAGUAUUACGAUGGAGUUGAUCAGGCGGGAAAUCUUAACGACGACACACCAUUAAUACGUUCGGAAUUUCUAAAUGAUCCUCCCAUCGAAGCACAGGACCUCGGCGCAGAUCCCAUACUUGGAAUCGCAGCUGAGGAGCACGAUUCAUGGUCACCCAGCGUGCCCAAGGACGUUUUAAAAUCUCUCAAAGAAAAACAAAUCAAAAGACAGGAGCAUAUUUAUGAGUUUAUUAUGACAGAGAAACACCAUUGCCAAACACUACUUGUAAUGCAAAAAGUGUUUGUCGAAAGUUUGGAACGUCAUUUCCCUUCAUUGAAUAUAAAUAGCAUGUUCCCCCGUUUAGCUGAGUUAACUGAGUUACAUAUAACUUUCUUGAAAAAAUUAAGACAAAAGCAACGGGAACAGUAUGUCGUGGACAGUAUAGCUGAUAUAUUGUUGGAUUUUUUUUCAUUAGAAAAAGCACAGCACCUACGGCUAGCAUAUGGUGAAUUUUGUGCUAAUCAUCGGACAGCAUUGGAACAUUUUAAGACUUGCAUGACGAGUCGUGAUCAAACAUUUGCUGAGUGGUACAAACACUGUUUGGCAAACCCGUUAUUAAAGAAAAAAGGAAUUCCUGAAUGCAUACUAUUCGUUACACAGCGCCUUACUAAGUAUCCUCUAUUGAUUGAGCCCCUACUUAAAAGUGGGCGGGAAGAUAAAUUGGAAGCGGAUAAGCUACAGCAUGCCCUUAAUUUAGUAAAAGCUUUGCUCAUAGAUGUCGAUGCAUGUGUGGCUGAAAAAGAGUUACGAGAACGACAAAUUGAAAUUUUUAAUCGCGUUGAUCCAAAAUCUUUUGCUAUCUAUAAAAAUAAACCUUUUCGCAAAUCAGAUAUUGGUGUUGAGUCACGUCGUCGUCUGAAAUUUGAGGGUCUUGCGACUUUAAUGCAAGGACGUUCUAAGAUGCAAUUAGUUUUAGUUGUUGUACUCACCGACUGUCUAUGCUUUCUUUGUGAGAAUUCUGCUCAUAAGUACACAUUUUUUACACCGGAACAUAAAGCGGGCGUAGUUCCACUACAAAAGUUGCUCAUUCGCGAAAAAGCGGGAACCGAAGCACGAGGUAUUUAUAUAAUUUCUUCAAAUCCAUCUUUUCCGGAAAUGUAUGAAUUGAAAGUUCAGCAACCUAAGGAUAAGAAUACUUGGAUUCAAUCGAUACGGCAGGCCGUUCUGGAGUGUCCAUCGUCGGAUGUUAUAGAAACUGAAGAUCUUACAGCUGAAGAAAAACUGCGGAUUGGUGUUAGUAAGCGGGAUCUUAUUGACAAAAUAAGACAGAAAGAUAUUGACCAUGCAAUUCUAUUGGAGGACAAGAUCUAUCUCCAAUUGAAUUUAUUAAAAGAGCAAAAGCAUUUCUUUGAAGUUACUGCAGCAUCUGGGCAAAAUAAUACCUGUAUAACUGAUAGCGCUAAUGGGCCGAGCAUUAAUGGAACCCCAGCAAAUGCGUCAAACUUUCUAGCUACAUUUGGUUCAUACAAGGAUUUAGUGGGUGUCGAUUGUAAUACGACAGAGUUGUGGAAAUACGUGCUGAAUAUGGUGCAAAGUAUUAGCCAGCUGGCUGCUAUGGUGUACACAGCAUCUACUGGUUUGCCAGUGUCCCGUUCAGUAAGUUCAGUAGGGGAAAAACAAAGCGACAAUUAUGCAUCACCUACACUGCCAAAACGUGCAGAAACGUUUGCUGGUUUUGACGAAAAACGUGGUAAAGGUAGUUUUCCGUUUAGGGACGUGUCGAAAAUACCAGCUUUGCAAACUCUUACACCACGACUUCAAGAACUCGAAGAGAAACGCGAUCCCAAAUCUGGUUCAUCAGUGGUCACAUUAAAAAUGCAAUCAGUAACAAGUGACGCACAGUCCUCAACGACUCUGGGUACCGAAGAUAUUGCAAUCAAAGAUCAUAAUUAUGCCGCAUUGCAAAUAUCACAUCAUCUUCAUACGUUACUAUGCAUAGUGUCACAGCAGAUGACGGUCAUACAAAACCUGCAAUUACAAUUAGCACUGUAUCGUGAGAGUCCACGUGUCGCUUACACCCAUAAUGACCAAUUAGAAGAGCUGCGCAAUCUGCAAGACAAAUUGCAGGACGAGAAAACUGCUUGGCAGCGCCAAAAAGAGCAACAGGAACAAGAACUAGAAGAAAAGCAUACACAGCAGAUUAAACUACAAGAGCAAAUCAAAGCCGAACAAGAAGAUAUCAGACAACAACGGGAACAACUUUAUCGUAAAAUGGAAUUACUCUCAAAUCAAGGAUUACUACUGUCGCCCAAUACACCUUUACUGAUUAAUAGUCCAUCAUUGACAGCAACCCCUUCUGGUGAUGAUGCACAUGAUAGUCACGAAGGUGGAUAUUUGCAAAGCGAUAUGUCCACACCAACCAUCUUGGCACAGAGUACUGUUGAUCGACGAAAAGACAAAUGGCGUACAGCUUCGACGAUUUCUAAAAAUCCGCCUGUCAAUUUGCUAAGUGCCACUAAUGCACCAAAAACAAACCAGACUUGUAUUAAACAAAAAAUUCCUAUGAAGUUGUCUUCGCUUUCGUCGAGCACAUCGCUAAGCAGUCCCGGCAGCAGCAAAAUUGACAAAUCUGCCAGUUUUAAUGCAAGUGCACUACAACAAGUUGGCUGUACACAGAUGCUGCCACUCAAGUUGGCUGAUAAACGUUCUACUAACAACUUCAAUGCAACACAAUCGGCGUCGCAAAUUGUGCCACAGCAUGCGCGUACUGGAAGUUCACCAGCAAUUAUUCAACAUCCUAAUACGAGGACAACAACAUCACCCCCUCCCCCUUCAGUGCGCAUGAGUCGUACAGAUUCCUCAUCGACUUUAACUUUUGGCCAACGACAAAUUAACACAGUCUCGACCCCCACUUCCUCGCGGAAUUCCCAAGCAAUGCCAGCAACAGAAAACAUUGGUUUGUCAUCAAUUGGAGCGAGCAAUUUAAACCGCCGCAACAAAAACAAUGCAAAACCAGAUGAAGAAGAAAUUUAUUUUUGACGCUCAUUCUCGCCAGAAGUUGAAAUAUAAAUGUAACACAAAUUUUAUAUUAUUAUUUCAGAUAGUUUAUUGGAAAAUAACAUUCCAUAGUCCCAGCUCAAAAACACAAUAAAAGACUCAUAAUAGCUUUUAAGACCUAAAGUAUGUAUUAUUCAUAUGUAAUUGACGAAUAGCUUAUCCAUUCACAUACAUGUAAUGUUUCCGUUUUCAAUAUGUGUGUUAUAAAUAUUUGUCCAAAUAUAAUAUAAAUAUUAUAAAUGUUCUCAUGAAAUGUGAUGUGAGAUUUCAGUUAAUUUGCGGUAAUGAAGGUGUGGAAAAAACGUUAAGCUAAAUUAAAUAAUUAAUUCAAUUAUAUAAUUGAAACAUAUGCAACAAUAUUUUCAUAAAUCAUUAAUAUUAUCAUUUAUUAUAGCAUAGUUAUGUAACUUAUACAUAUGUAAUUAUGUAUGAAUGUAUUGUUGGCAUUUAUGUCUAUAAUAAACUUUUAGUUCAGUACUAAUGUAAUAAAAUCUAAUAUAUUUUAAUUUAUUAUUUACAGUACAAGCUAUUUAACAAAUAACACACCCACACAAAAAAAUGUUUGUCAUGACCUAGGGGCUUUACUAUGUGUGCUUUAUGUUUUUGAGGUGGCUGAAUUCGAAUCCGAGGUCCAUUUAACCCAAUCAGAUCAGGGUUUUGAGAUAACCCUGGAAAACCAGAACUAAUAUGGUGACACAUUUUAAAAAUUCGCCUUUCUGCAUCCGCUAUUUCGAAUUUAAAGAAACCGACAUCGAAAACCCUCGUAUAACGAGAUUCAAGCGAUUCCGUUGAACUUUUCAAAAUAACGUCCGACAUAUUGGAAUCGCCAUUUUGAAUUUUAAAAAAUCGACACCGGAUUCGUAAUCAGCGACCUCGAAACCCCUCAGUAGCGAGUUUCAAGCGAAUUCGAUGAAGUAAUUAAAAAUUAAAAAGAACCGAAAAAUGUUGGUGUCGUGUAAGGUGAAGAAUUUUCUAAUUUGUUGACUUUGGACGUUGAUUUGAUGUGUUGAUAUGAUGUGUUAGCUGUUGGUAUUUAAUACUUUGAAAUGUUUAUGCUGCUCUUGAUAUCGUUGAUGCUCUUCGGGGAUCGAUAUAAUGACUUCAAGCAGUAACUUGAUUAUCUGCUUUUGUAUAAUUUUUUUUUAAAAGAUGAUUGUGUAGAUGUUAUCAUUUGUUUUUUUUUCUUCUUCCUCUUGACUGGCGUAGUCACAAUUUACGCGGUUAUAGCCGAGUCCACAGUUUGGGGCCAAUUGGUAAUACCCAGUGAAGCCCGGCCAUUCUAUCGGAGUGGAGGAGUUUCUCUUCCUCGGCUUCCACCAGCGGGUAUUGCAUCGAACACAGCGUAGCCGCUGUCUUUUUAUUCGCUGAACUAAGUCUAUGUCGUCGAAUAACACACACAGCUCAUUAGCACUCGAAAACUCCUAGUGCCGUCUCAUCAUUGCCUACUCAGUCCAUAGUAGCACCUGUUGGCAAGUUGGAUUUCAAGGCUGACAUUAUUAUUGGUGUUGAUGCUGGUGCCUAGGUUCAAAGUUAUGACUGUCAACAGUGACGUGAGAGCCAAGACGCGAAUGCGCAGACUGUUUGUUUGAUGACAGGAGAUAUUUCGUCUUAUCGUCGUUCACCACCAGACCCAUACGCUUCGCUUCCUCAUCCAGUCUGGAAAAAGCAGAACAAACGGCGCGGGUGUUGUUUCCAAUGAUAUCGAUAUCAUCGGCGUACGCCAGCAGCUGUACACUCUUAUAGAAGAUUGUGCCUUCUCUAUUUAGCUCUGCAGCUCGUAUUAUUUUCUCCAGCAUCAGGUUAAUGAAGUCGCACGAUAGUGAUCACUUUGUCUGAAACCUCGUUUGGUAUCGAACGGCUCGGAGAGGUCCUUUCCGAUCCUGACGGAGCUUUUGGUGUUGCUCAAAGUCAGCUUACACAGUUGUAUUAGUUUUGCAGGGAUACCAAAUUCACACAAAGCGGCAUAAAGGCAGCUCCUUUUCGUGAUUUUUUUAAGGUUGUUUUUAAUAAGGUCCAAUCAGUUUGUUGACGAUGGGCUUUAGUCUUUCACACAGUACGCUCGAUAGAACCUUAUAGGCGAUAUUUAGGAGGUAAUUGGUAAUUGGCGCAGAUUGUGGGUCUCCCUUUUUGUGGAUUGCGCAGAGUAUACUGAGAUUCCAAUCGUCGGGCAUGCCUUCAUCCGACAAUGUUCCGCAAAGAAACUGAUGCAUGAAUCUUAUCAGUUCUUCGCCGCCGUAUUUGAACAGCUCGGCCGGCAAUUCAUCGGUCCCCGCCGGCUUGUUGUUCUUUAAGCGGGUAAAUGCUAUUCGAAUUUCUUCACGGUCGGGCAAUGGAACAUCUGUUCCAUCGUCGUCGAUUGGGGAAUCGGGUUCGCCAUCUCCUGGUGUUCUCAGGGUUUAAAUUUCACCUUAGUUGUAAUUUAUCCUUGGAUUGAUUUUAUUGAAUGCAUAUAAGCGAAUGCGGAUUGACAUAAAUUAACAGGUAAGAUCGGCCACAAAUACAUACUUUCGGAAUUUAUAUAUUUAUUUAUCUAUUUAUUUACAAGAGAAAUAAUUAUAAAUAAUUACUCCACUAAAUUUAAAGCGCUGGCUGCUGCUGCCUUCGGCUCUUAUAUUAUGUUGUUAUGCUAACUUACUUAUAAUUAAAUUAAGUUGGAUAUAUUACAUAUGUAUGUUAAGAAAAUUAUUUAUUGCAUUGAUGCUGUCCGUAUUUGGUGUCUUUAAUAGAUUUGAUUCGUAUUUCCAAAAGUAGUUGUUCUUUUAUUAUUUAAAGCGGUGCAUUCAUUUAGGAUGUGAUUGACUGAAACAUUUGACUGAUUACAAUGUGUACAACUUGGUUUUUCUGCUUUGUUCAGCAGAUGACUAUGAGUUUUUUAGUGUGACCAAUUCUAAGGCGAAGAAAUUUCUUUAUGUUAUCACAAGAGCAGUCAAUUGGUUAGUCUGGUUUGUCCCCUGAGGGAUUAUGUUCCUUGUAAUAGUGUUGAAAAUUUGACCAAUCUCUCGAAACCGACUCGUGGAGUACUCUUUAUCAUGAGAGUGGAGGUUCCUUACUAGCUUUUUUGCGCGGUCGACUGCAAAUUGGUUGCCCCUAAUACCAGCAUGUCCUGGAAUCCACAUGAUCUUAAUAUUGCCUUUGUGUUGAUAUAAAAUUUCUUUUAUAUUGUUGAUCAGCACUGCGUUAUUUGAUGGAUUCAAAAUAGCGUUCACAGCGUCGAUUUGCUGUCAGUACAUAUAAUAUACUUUUUCCUGUUUGUGCAACAAAUAGAACCGCUUCAUAUAUUGCAGCCGCUUCAGCUGUUAUAGUGACACCUUGGUCGUUUGACACGGCAAACGAAGUGUGGGUGUCUGAUUUUUAUCCAUCGGUGUAGAAGGUCUUCCAUUCCGGUUUGUACGUUUUUACUGCGUCGAUAAAUAUGUAGUUGAAUAUAUUGCUCUGCAUUGAUGUUAGUUUUAUGAUAUUUGAAGAGUGUAUUUAUUAUGGAUGAUUUCAGCGAUAGCCAGUGCGGAUGAGGUCUUCCAUUCCGGUUUGUACGUUUUUACUGCGUCGAUAAAUAUGUAGUUGAAUAUAUUGCUCUGCAUUGAUGUUUGUUUUAUGAUAUUUGAAGAGUGUAUUUAUUAUGGAUGAUUUCAGCGAUAGCCAGUGCGGAUGAGUGUUCUCUUUUAUGAGUUGUGGUUUCGAAGUUAUAUCAAGCUGAUUGAUUAUGUUUAUGCAUUUUUUGAUCGUAGAUGGUUUGUAGAUGGUAGAACAAUUUGCUUUCAUAAGAUUAAAUAAGGUCGAGUUUUUACACUGGAGAAGUUUUGGUAUGAGCAUCAUUGUAUUGUGUUUAGUUCUAAGAUGAAAGAGUUGUGAUAUGAAUAUGACAGUGUUUUGACGAAAAAAAAUUUAUAAUUUUUAGCCUAUUGAGUAAGCUUAAUCUAACAUAUUUACAAUGUUCCUUAAAAGUUAGUUUUUUUAUCAAAAGGUAGCCCAAGUGUUCGUAAAGUGUUAGUGUACGGGAUUUGGUUGUUAUCAAGGGAAAGGUUUGGCAAGGUGCACUUCAUAAUAGCGACCACUUUCCGAUAAUAACUACUAUCAUCACACCGAUGCAAUAUACCAUUAAACCGAGAUCUAAAUUUCUUAUAGAUAAAGUCGAUUGGUUUAAAUAUAAUUCCCUGAUUAACUCAUUAACAAAUGCUAAAUUAUCGUCGAUAAACAUAAAAUGCAGAAGCAUCAAAUAUAAAAACAAUCAUCCGUUCCGCUGUUCAUAUAACCAUUCCUCAAACAAUUUACCGCAAAACUCCUGGUUACAAACAAAAUAAAAUUGAUUUUAUCCAAUCACCUAUAGGUCCUAUAUACCCAACACAUAUCAGAAAAUUUUCCAAAAUCAUGGUCAAACAAUUCCAAAAAUUUUAACUUUCACUUUAAUUUUAUGACCCUUUCAAACCAAGUCACUUCCCAGACAUACCAUAAUCCAUCCCCUUGUUUUGAAGCUACAUCGAUAGAAGCUCCAAUUAUAUUAGAAGAAUUUAAUUCUACCAUCAACAAAAUGUCUGGAAAAACUUUCGGAAUUCCUUAGGAACAAUGACAGGUGAGUUGUCAUAAAAUGAAUAUGUAUAAGUUAUGAAUUUGAAUAACUUGUGAAACUAUUAGAAAUUGGGAGUACAGCCUUUUAUGGUAUUCUACUGUUUGGUGCAACCAAUCUUGAUAUACUACAGACGUUUCAGUCAAAUAUAUUCAGUAAUAAUGGUUUUAUUAUAUUAGUAAUGAAAAUAAUCGCAAAUAUGUUAUUUCUAUGGUAAAUAAAGAAUUAGAUGACAACAGAACGAAAUUAUACUUAAGGGGUUAUAUAUGUUGAAUUCGGUCAAAAAAUCUAAUAUUUUUUUAUUAUUUUAUCUUAAAGUAUACUUUCUUAAGAAUGUUAUCUAUUUUUUAUAGAGAUUUAAGCAGUAGAAGCGCAGUUAUAGCGUUUUGCAUCUUGCUCCGCUACAAUAGACAAAAAUGUACUUGAAACUUUAAUCGCGAUUAUCUCGAAAUCAUCCGACUAUCUCGACGAUGCGCUGACUUGGAUUGCCGAAAGAGUUCUCAACCGAUUUAAUUUUUCUUUUUUAAUAAUUAAUUUGCCAUGUCCUUGAACGAUUUUAUUUUUUCGUUUAAAUUUUCAUAUCAAUAUUAUGAAUUUUUACAUCGAUACAUUUCAUCAUAUGAAAAAGUAGCCUUUUUGAGAAAAUCGCAAGAAUGAUAGAAGACAAGAUUACGACAGUCGUUUACAGUUAGCUUUUUUGGAUUUUGAGUUCCUGUUGAGUGACAACUUUCAUGACCCCGAACACGCGAGCAAAACAAAAAAGAAAAGAAAAAAUUAAAAAUUGCACGGUGGUACAAAACAAUAAAACCAAAACAAAGAGCUGAAGUCAAGGCUAGUUCUUAAUUAUUAUUUAAAAUUCUAAGUGAAAAAUGUAUUAACUUGAAAAAGAAGUACAAAAAAGUCGUCUAUAAAGAAUUUUUUCACUUUUCCAACCAACAAAAAAGUUGGCAAAAUGGCGAACUAUUUGUAACAAAACAUAAAAUUUUAAUUAUAAAUAUGCAUGAUUAUAUUGGAUCAUUUUAUAAAUGAAGAUUUUAAGAAUUAUGUUCAUUGUGAUAUUUUAUCUGCACAUUAUUCAAUUUGGUUCACUAUGUUUCACAUUUCCGUUUUCCAUUUGACAAUUCUUCUGUUGCCUAUUCCCAUUCGUGGGUCGUGAACGCUUCAGUCUGUCGUAAUCUUGUCUUCUAUCAUUCUUGGAAAAUCGUACCCGUUUGCAGAAAUAUAUUUUUUUUAAUUUCAAUGAAUCGUUCAAUGACACUACAAGUGUUUGGUUUUAUGCUUUCAGUUGAGCAGAUGGGCUCGAGUCGUAGUCACGAAAAGCCGCUUUGAAAAAAAAAAACGCGUUUUGCGUAAAAUGUCAUAACAUUGACAAUUAUUAGUAUUUCUUUUUAUGUUCAAAUUAGACAUUGUACUACUCAAGAGACUACCUCUACAGAAAAUCAAAAAUUUCCCCAUUUUCUCGCACCUCAACAUAUAUUACACUUUAAACCAGGGAUAAAGGGAUGUCCAACUUAUUCCAGUGUGAGAGCGCCUCAAAAUUUGCGUUUUUUAUAACAUUUUGCAUUAUUACCAGAUCAGACAAAAUACUAAUUUUUGGGCAUUUUAAUAAAAAUACCCAACAUUUAUUAUGGUUAAAAAUUAUUAUAUACUGAAUGUUUAAUAUAAAAUAACUUAUUUCAAUUUCAUUUAGCGAUAAAAUGGUAUAUUAAAAUAGCCGGUUUUCGAAGUUUCAGUAAUAAAUAUGGUCAAUUAUUAAGUGUCAACUGAAAAUAAAUCAAUUUCUUUUAUAAUUUUCCAUGAAAAAUUAGUUUCUCGAUGCUGCAAUUCACAAAAAUAUUCUUAAACCACU